CAUUGGUGUGUGGUAUAGCAUUUUUUCGCUGAGAGAAUGUGGAAGAAAGCGACGCUGCCACUGCUGCUGCUGCUGCUCACCGCAUUACUCUUGGCACAGUUGGUCGCUGCGGUAUCAACUCGAACGGCGGCAGGCCAUGGAGAAGCCAUCAGUACCAGUAGUAGUAGCACAGAGCGUUUCGUAGAGACAGCACUGGAUCUUAAUGACAAAGAGGAUGAAGAUGCCGACGAAGCAACAGUUGAGACAUACGAAGACGACGAGGAGGACACAGAGCGCGGUGCAGCGAGCAGGACAAGGCAUGCGACACCACAAUUUAUGAAAACAAUGCCAAACAACGAAGAAGUAGGCGAUAGUGAAGAGGUGCGCGAAAGCGAAGAGGCGAGCACACAACUGCGGGACGAUGAGCGUGGAGGGCAAGACGAUGGCAUAGCAGUAGCGAACGACGAGGGUAGUGGCGGCAAUGAUGGUAGUGGUGGUGAAGGUGCCGCUGCUAGUGCCAGUGCCAUUAAUGGUGAUGAUGACGUUGAUGGUGUUGGUGUUGAUGUUGGCGAUGCUAGUGAAGAAACGAGCGAAGUGUCGUCAGUUGAGCAGCGCGAACGCGAUCGGCUUGCGUCUAUAAUGAUGCGCGAAGUCACACGACUGAUUGAUUAUGCAUUGGAGCAACAGAGAUCGGUCGUCAACCAGUUUCUGCAAGACGAAACAAUCGAGAUGGUGAAGUGUGCGACAAUGGAGGCGGUGAAACAGAGCUGCGUCGCAUUCAUGGCGGAUGUGCGAGAGGCACUCAAGCUGAACAAAGGAAAUGAUUUUCCGACACAACUGGCACAGUUCGGUGUGAAAACAUUGAUGGCAAGAGAUUUCGAAAUGUUUGUGCAGCUGCACAAUACGACGCGCAUAAAGCAGCCGACAGCGGAAAAUGUGAUUAUUGAUAAUGCGUUCCGUAAAGCGGGCGUGUUGCAAAUCGAAGUGGAGUUGCAAAAACGAUUUGUGGCGUUCACCAAACUUUUCAACAGCACAGUGGGUGAAUAUGUCGAAAAGUUGCUGGCGAAUGAGCAACAGCAGCAGCGGAGCGAUUUCGAUGAAUCGCUGGUGGAUUGGUAUCGGAAAUAUGGCGCAGCGACGAAUGUGAGCAGUCAAGUGAUUGUCUUGACCAAAUUUCUGCCACUGUAUAAAGAUGUGUUUCACAAGAUGAAAAUGGAUGCGGAUUGAGCGAUGUUGAGGAGGGUUCAGUGUGAAAAAACCUGCAGGCGCUAAGUAAUAUAAUGCUAGUGUUAAGGAGAAGCAAAAUUUUAUUUUUAUUACUAAUACUAAUGUCGUAUGCCGCUAAGUAAGUUAGUGUAUAAUAUUUGUUUACAUCUAAGCGUUGUGCCGUAAGUUUUACCUAUGUAAAUAAAGUAUUAUUAAUUAAUUAGACGUAAGUGCCAUACAAGCAUUGCAUUUAAUACUCCUUCAAAAUUGUUUGGUUUUUUUUUUUUAAUUUUAAGCAGCUGCCAAGUAAUAAAUCAAACUGCAAACAUAUUUUGUUCAAAUUAUAGUAAUCAUUAGACGAGUAGUACAUACAUACAUACAUAUAUGCUUAACAAAACUCAUAUGUUCAGUAAAAUUGUGCCCAAUAAAAUACAACUAAUUUUAAA